GCCAACACCUUAUCCUCAUCCUCCACUCUUACACUUCAGCUAUGCAUAUGGCAUUCCUGGUUGCCAUGUUCAGUGCAGUGUCGGUGGUCGUACUGGCGGUUCACUGGGUUUACAGAUGGAGGAACCCAAGGUGCAGCACCGGAAACCUUCCGCCUGGCUCCAUGGGUUUGCCUCUGCUUGGCGAGACCAUGCAGUUCUUCUCACCGAACACCACUUUCGAUGUCUCUCCCUUCAUCAAGAACAGGAUAAAGAGGUACGGGCCAGUGUUCAGAACCAGCUUGGUCGGCCUGCCUGUGGUUGUGUCCACCGACCCGGAGCUCAACCACUUCGUCUUCCAACAAGAGGGGAGGCUGUUCGAGAGCUGGUACCCUGAGACCUUCACCGAGAUCUUUGGCCGCAGCAACGUGAGCUCCUUGCAUGGAUUCAUGUACAAGUACCUCAAGAGCUUGGUUCUCAAGCUCUUCGGUCCCGAGUCCCUCAAAGAGCUGCUGCUUCGUGAUGUGGAGACGGCAGCAUGCGCCAAUCUCUCCUCGUGGUCGCGUCUGUCGAGCAUCGAGCUGAAGGAAGCCACGUCAAAUAUGAUAUUUGAUCUCACUGCCAAGAAGUUGAUUAGCUACGAAUCUUCGUCUUCAUCUGAGAGUUUGAGGAAAAAUUUUGUGGCCUUCCUACGAGGACUGAUCUCGUAUCCGGUGGAUCUCCCAGGCACAGCUUAUCACCGGUGUAUGCAGGGAAGGAAGAACGUAUUGAAAGUGCUGAAAAAUAUGCUUAAAGAAAGGCGGAAUUCUCCAUGGAAACAACAUGGAGAUUUCUUCGACUGUGUCAUUGAAGAGCUGAACAAAGAAAGAUCAUUGAUAACGGAGACCAUUGCUCUGGAUUUGAUGUUUGCGCUGCUCUUCGCGAGCUUCGAGACCACAUCUCUGGCCCUCACGCUGGCCAUCAAGUUUCUCACGGACCACCCAAAUGUACUGGAGAAAUUGACAGAAGAGCAUGACACAAUACUAAAGAACCGAGAGGACCCAAUGACAGGAGUGACAUGGAUGGAGUACAGAUCAAUGACAUUCACAUUUCAGGUUAUCAAUGAAACAGCGAGGUUGGCAAAUAUAGCGCCAGGGAUCUUCAGAAAAGCACUGAAGGACAUCCAGUUUAAUGGAUACACAAUUCCUGCAGGAUGGCGAAUCAUGGUGUGUCCUCCAGCAGUGCAUCUGAACCCUGAGAUAUACGAGGAUCCACUCACCUUCGACCCAAGUAGAUGGAAGGAGAGGCCAGAACUGAAUGGUGGGUCCAAGCAUUUCAUGGCUUUUGGAGGGGGCAUGAGAUUCUGUGUGGGCGCUGAAUUCGCCAAGCUGCAGAUGGCCAUCUUCCUCCAUCGCUUGGUGACCAAAUACAGCUGGAGGGCAAUCAGAGGAGGAAAUAUAGUCCGAACGCCAGGAUUAGGAUUCCCAAAUGGUUAUCACAUCCAGCUCUUUCCCAAAGCUUGAUGAUCUGCAGGGAGAUGGCUUAGACACAGAUCAGUUGUAAGAUAUGUAUAAUAGAGAGUCUAAAUUUCCAUAGAACAAUUAUAUUGUGGUCUAUAGACAUGGCUGCUGGUGGCUCAAGAACUGUUGUUUGGGACCUUCUCCUCUUCUUCCUCAUUGCUACAGUCCUGAGAGAAGAUUUGGUGGUUCCAUCAAAGGUACCUUCUGUUCUCUGCAAGUGUGUAGUGUGUGCAAACUGCUGUUCUGUGCGGUCCACUUGAGAAAUAAAAUCUUGAAACUUUGUGUGUUUCGUAGCUGAAUUUGCUAAAAUGGAGGAUAUCUUUCUAACAUUGUUAGGUAAAUAUAUUUAUGCAAAGAAUUUAAUCCAGGAGGAAAUUAUUACUCACCCGGAAA